AUGGGUGCGUGCACAGAGAGCAUUGCUGACUCGAGCGUGGUCGGUGUCGCCAUAACGUACACCGAGGCGGAAGCGGUGCUCACCUGUAGUGGUAUAGUCGAUUUCCACAUUGAAGCUGCCGGUUCCCUAUCCUCGGAGACGAAUGCCCCAGGCGGAGUCGUUCUCGACUUUGCCCUCAUAAGCCGGCUGGUAAACGUGCAUGGUGGCAAGCUUGCAUUACGAGAUAACAAGACUUCGUGUGUGACAAUCAGCCUCCCACUGGGCAGUGCCCACCUGCCCCCGGACAGACUGUACCAAGGAACCGAACCCCCCGCAUACGAAGUCAGCAAGUGGGAUGACUCUGAUGACGGGUCGCUGAGCUCGCCAAUGAGCGUACGAGGGGUCGACAGCGUCUCCACAGCCCAUCUGACCACAGACUCCGACUCGAUGCAGUACAUGCGGACCAUCUUUCAACCGCUUUGCAAAGUCUUCGAAGCCAAGGACAAGGAUGAAGCCCUUAGGAUCAUUGAAAGGACGCCUCCGACUCUUGUGAUUGCCGAUACCAUGUCGCCAAGUGACGGCGAAGGGCUGGUUGCCACGAUGCGUCGAGGCUCCCGCACCGUAAGCACGAUUCCUGUAAUCUUGUUGACUGGGCACGAGCGCCCCAACGCCGGGGCAGCAGACGACUAUCUGCUUCGGCCCUUCAACGCCCGCGAGCUUCUCCUGCGAGGCCACAUGCAGAUGCAGAUGGCAAAGCGUCGCGUUCUGCUAGAAAACUUGUACGACCAGCAAGCAGACGAGAUGCGCAUGUUGAUGGACGAAUCUCCCAUUGGCAUCUUCCGAGGCGACCCAGGCGGUGCAAUCACCUACUACAACGAUGCUCUGUACGACUUGUCCGGCCAUCCCCGCGGCACCGACCUCCAAGACUGGCCGCGCUAUAUCAAGGAGGAGUACCGAAAGCCACUCCUUGAAGCAUGGGAACACUGUCGAAACUCUGACCAAACGGAGUACACCAUGGACGCCCAGUGGAUUGGAGGGCGUUGGGAUCUCCAAGUGGAGCGCGCCAGGGUGGCAGAAGAGCAGCGACGUAAUGCCGAAAACGCCAAGGCUGAAGUCGACCUCCUCGUUGACAUCACGUCUCACGAGAUUCGAAACCCGAUCAGCAGCCUCAUGCAGUGUGCAUCCCUCGUCCGGACCAAUCUCGUGGGACUGCGCUCAGAGCUCCAAAAGCUGGUGGGGGACAGCUUUUACCCGACUGAACAGCUGGUCCAAACCCUGGGAGAUGAUAUCGAAGCACUCGACAACAUCUAUGCCUGCGGCCUCGCCCAGGAGCGCAUCUCAAAUGACGUGCUCGCCCUAGGCAAGGCGCAGCUCAACCUCCUCGACAUUCACGACAUUGACGUCAACAUCAAGGACGAGGUGCAGCGCAUCGUCAACGUCUUCAAGAAUGAAGCACGCAUGGGCCGCAUUCGCCUGUCGCUCGAAUUUUCAGAGGCCUUUGACCGGUUGCAGGUUGAUCACGUCAUGCUCGAUCCCGUCCGGUUCGGUCAAAUCAAGCAGAGACGCAUAGAUGUGCAUGUCGACAUUGGCACGUCGCCUCCGCAAAACGGCGUAUGCACCUUGUCAGACGGGCCCGUCACCCUCGACACGGACCUAUACCUCUGCGUCUCGGUGGCGGACACGGGCCCCGGACUACUGCCCUCGGAGCUUGAAACUCUGUUUCAGCGCUUUUCGCAGGCCAGCUCGAAGACACAUACCGUCUUUGGCGGCUCGGGACUCGGUCUCUUCGUGUGCCGCAAAAUCACCGAGCUCAUGGGCGGACACAUCGAGGUGGCAUCGCGGUACACGGAGGGUUCAGUCUUCCGCUUCUUCGUCAAGACGCGUGCUGUGAAUGGGCUUGAGGCUGUCGAGCGAGUGCGCGCGGCCCCCUUCGACUGCAUUCUUAUGGACUUGGAAAUGCCCGUCAUGGACGGGUACACGGCGACGCGAACUAUACGCGAGGACGAAGCACAAUCAGUCUCUGCCAGUGCCAUCAUUGCCUUGAGUAGGUUCUCCAAUCCAGCCCUGAUCUGA